GCAGUACUGCCAGUGAAGUGAGGCUCUCAAGAUGGCCGUCACGUACAUCUGAUCGGAGGUGUGUGCGAAAUUCGACGCCGAUUCAACGCGAUAAAAGCGAGCCAUGCACUUCGUGCUGCUGGCAUGGUGAUCGCGUGGAGGUGACCGGCUCGGUAUUGAUGUGGACCAUCCUGGGCAGCGUCGUCGAUGGUUGUUCCUGUCCCCGCGGCCGCCGGCGGCUCGCAUUUUGAACCAUGUUCAGCAAGAAGCUCCAUGUAGACGUUAAGAAGUCAACGCUCAAGAUCCAGGAUGUCAAGAAGGACAGCACGACGCGGUUCAAACAUCUCAAGAUCGUGCUAGAAAAUGUGGAUACUGAUGAAGCAAAGGGUUUCUUCGAAGGCAACUUCAGCCAUGUGUACUUUAUCUUAUACGAUUGUUUCGUAUCCGCUGAAGCAAACCUUCGGCAACGCGAGCUUUCCUUCCAUAUUGUGCAUAAGGCGCACAGGGAGGAGUUAGAACAAGUGUUACAGCUCCUGGAGAAAGUUUUAACUCUUCUUCCUGAGCUGCUCAACAGACGAUGGCAAUGCCAUAGUCUAGCACGGAUUUUGCAAAAGCUUUUGCAUCCUGGUAACAGUUGGAAACUUCGUAGACAAGCCAUAAGAUAUUUUAUUUUAUGGUAUCAAGCCCUUGGCGAAAAUGCUCCUGAGCACAUACAUCAAAUGUUCGCCAGCUUGGUGCCAGGAUUCCCACCGCAUCAAGCAUCGCCUUACAAAUGUGAUCGUAAAACAGAAGGCAAGAAAGAAAAACUCGCGAAAGCAGCUAAUCCCGAAGAAAAAGAUAAGAGAGAAUUCUACGAUACGCAGCUCGUGCAGAGCACCUUUCAUGACAAUGGAGCGAAUCAGUGUCCUGUCAGUCAAGUUGACGGCGGGCCUAUCCUACCACCACAAAGUGGGGAAAAACCACUUGACAACGAAACUGUUAGGUUCCUGGAAGCAUUGCUUGAAUUUAUGGUUACUCAGGUGGUGAAGAUAGAAUGGCGAGAUAAAUCUACACGACAGCAUAAAACUUUCCAAUUUUUAUUAGAACGAUUUAAGGCAUCGUAUCUCCGUCACAUUUGUCCCGAAUUUAAUGAGAAUUUUUCACUUUAUAAACCUAAUCUGGAAUUACCCACGAUGCGGAAGCCAACGAAUCAAAAUCAGGAUAACUAUAUGCUCUGCAGAGUCGUUCUAAUCAAAUGGGUUGCAAGUUUUACGCACGUUGCCAGGAAGGACGGACUCUUCGCGCAACUUUCACAGAGCACGACGCCGAACGAGGAAAACGCCGAAUCGGAGUUACGCCGCGUGUCAGUUACUCAGAACUCUACAGACUCGAAUCUACUGUCGCCCGAAUCAUCUGUGGUGCAACAGGACGGUCAGAAUCAGGAGGAUAGUGCUAUCUCGGCUGUUACAUUGGUCAGAGAUGUUUUAUAUGGCAAUCGAGAUAAUGUAAACUUUGUGCAUGAACUGUACAGACAAGCGUUUCUUCUGGAUUUUCAUCAUGCUGGAGCGAUAAGAAAGGCCAUUGCAGUUUACAAAGAUUGGAUUCAGAUGAACGAAAUUCCCCCGUUUAUGCUGGAACCACUAGACAGCCAUAAAGAUCGAGAUUUGGAAGAACAUCAAAGGAAGGAUAUAAAUGAAAUAGAGAAGAGCCCUUCUGAAAGUUACCGGCAGACGAGGCUAAGAAACGAUUCUUAUCUCGGCGCUAUACAUCGGGAAAAUUUAUUCAUUAGGGCAGGCUUGCAGAAUGUUUUACAAAUUUUCAUCACGCAAGCGUCAAAUGUAUUCUUCUUAGAGAAUUCGGGGUCGAAUGCGUCGCUAACGUUACUCGAGGAACAGACGGAUAGCUGCAAGAGGGUCUUAAACGUGUAUCGAUACGUUGUUAUGCACUCUAGAUUGGAACCAGCAACCUGGGAACAGUUACUUAGAGUGUUACUGCAAAUUACAUCGCUUGUACUGAGCGAGAAAUCCUUCCGCCGUAAACACCAGGAAAGUAUCGGUGGAAAACUUGCUCCUGCCAUAUUUCAGACCUUAAUUGUUACAUGGAUUAAAGCUAACUUAAACGUGGUUAUUUCUACCCAAUUAUGGGACCAGUUUCUAGAGGUGUUAACAUCAUUAACGCAAUGGGAAGAAUUAAUUCGAGAGUGGGCGAAAACUCUGGACACACUGACAAGAGUGUUGGCGAGACAUGUGUAUAAUUUAGACCUGAAUGACCUACCGUUAGACAGACUUAGCGAACAAAAAUCGAAAAAGCGGCGUGGAGUUGGAAGUCGUGCGGCGUCAACAGGAAGCGUUCAACCACCUCGAAAAGGCAGUGUCGAUCAGGAAAACAAUGCCGCUCCGAAAGGAAGCAUCACUGAUCAUCCGCUGCGUGAUAUAAGGAAAGUGCGGCCGUUACCGCGCAGUGCAAGCGACAACACCAUAUACAGCGGCAAGGCUCGUACAAAAGUGCACAGGCAACGCACGCACACGAUACACAGCGGCAUUCCCGUACUCCCCCUAUCGAUAGAACAAGAUAUGGCUCGGUUACUGUCAAGCGGUUCAACCUCGUCGUCAGCGGCCGGUAGGAAGAUGCUGCCCAGCAGACGUGCCAAAUCGUUGGAUAGCAUUGUUGUAGUUGAUAGCGAACCGCCGUCACCACGAUGCCCAUCUCCAACACCCAGCAGCGGCGUUGACAGCAAUAAAGAUAGCCCCAUACAGAUAGAGAAUAUUGAUGGUAGCAGUAUUGACACAAAUGAUGCGUCUGAAAGAAGAUCAGUUAUGGCGGGAGGAGGCGUACGUGGAUGGCUGCCAGAUGUGGCCGUCGUUUUGUGGCGACGUAUGCUCUCAGCAUUAGGAGAUGUCAAUAACAUUCAAGAUCCUGUUUUACACGGCCAGGUCAUGGAUUAUCUUGUGCAGCUCACACAGACACUGAUUAAGAUACGUUUGAAUCAAGGAGUAUCGGGAGAUAAUCAAGUAACACCACCGGCACCAGAACUGAUUCCACCUUUAACAGUUAUCGCACCAUGGUGUUUUAAGGCCAUCCAACUUCCCGAGCAAUAUGAAAUCGGUAAACUGGCUGCUUAUCGCCUUAUAUGUCUCUUGACGGUGCAACCAUUGGAUAUCAGUUUACCGAGACAACAUCUGACGCUCUUCUAUCGCGCCGUUCAUAAUGGAAUUGCCAGCAACGACAGUAAAGUUCUGCACGUGCUUGUGAAGUACACAGGACCCAGGCUAUUCAGUCUAAAUCUACCCGGAUCGAGUCUCUUGAUUCUGGAUUACAUACACGCUGCUAACGUGAUACUUAGCAGUCAGGAUAUCGAGGCACCAAGAACAGAAGCUGUUUCAAUUAUUGGCUCGUUAUUAUCUUUGCCAGCUGCGAUGAUCAAGCUACCUAUGUUACAACCGAACGGGCCUGACAUUGCAACCAUGACGUGUCCAGAGGCAAAAGAACAUAUUGUAACGAUACUUUUGCGGAGCUGUCGGCGAGAGCCCACUGGAAUUGCAAGAUGCGUCGCCCUAUCAAGCAUAGCGAUGUUCGUGUAUAAAGAGCUGUCGUACAGAACGCAGCAUCCAAGAGUUCCGGAGGCCGUCACAGUUCUUCUCCUUGCACUUAGAGCCUCACACGCUACGGUUGCGCAGGUUGCGUGUAAUUCUCUUUUACUUCUCUGCGAUAAGGCUGACGUGCUGUUAGAACUAUAUCCUAACGUGCCAUCUAAGAUAAUACAGAUCUUGUCGGACACGCUCGGACGAAUGACAGCGCGAGAAAGGCGUGGACCUCUAACGGUAACGAUGCUAUUUUGCUUGGGCGAGUGGGCCAUGCAUCUAGGACCAACAGUAUUACUACAGGUGUUCCAAGGAAAACCUCUCUUGAUGACCUUAUUUACAGUGUUAAAUAACAUAGUGCAAAAUAAAGUUGGAAAGGAAUUUUCAAGAACUACUAAGAAUAAUCAGGAAGAUGACGAUGACUUUGAUCCUAACGUCACGUUAGACAAUUUGAUUGAUGAAUCCUCGUCGAAGUCGCCUCAAAAAGGAAAUAUUCAGUCUGUACAAUUGGCAGCGAAAAUGGUAAUGAUGCAUCUAAUCAACCAUCUGGGACACUUUCCGAUGGGUAUCGGUGCCGCGCGUCUUUCAUCACUAGUCGUCGAAUUGGACGAUGUCCCUGGAAUCGAUGGAGAUGAAUUGUCAUCCGCCGUUUUUCAAGCGCCUAAUAUACAGCUGUUGAUGCUCUCUAAUUCCAUCAUAAUGUCAUUGGUGGAAUUAGCGGCAUUGGAUGCACCUGGUGGGGGCGUCACGGCCGGCUUAACUACGGCUCCUUCUUUGGUCAGAGUAUUGUUACGAGAUCUUGCUGGAAAAGCUUCUUGGGACAGUUCAAUUUUAUACAGCCAACCCUUUAUCGACGAUGAUCUGCCAUUGCCGUUUCCGAACCGUGUUGAUUGGAGUACAAAAUUACAUACAGACGAUUUAAACAGCGUCGUCGCACCUCACAACUGUACACCCAGGCACACAAUACGGCAUCGUGAGCCUCACAUAUUGCCGACUUUUGCAAAUGCUGCUAGCGAUAUGGAUAAUUUGGACGAUCUUCUUCAGUACAUAGGACAUACCAGCCCAGAGGUUCUAACUAAUCCAGAAGUCGCUCUCAAUGCACCCGCUAAUCCACCUCAGGGACAUUAUCUGGAAAGCGAAACCAUUGCGACAAUUUUAAGUCAAAGAAAUGCGGAACAAGAACACGUAAACAACUGGAGCCAACACAUCAGUAUGUGCGCAUCGGCAAUCAAUUCACCGUCAUGUCGCCCACCUCCGGCGCCAUUCCAUCACUGCCGACUUCUGUUUUCGCAUCUCGGUCUAUCCGGCUGGGAACAGCGUAGGAAAUUACAUUUGUUGGCGAAAAAUGAGAAACUCUUACGCGAACUCCGUAAUCUCGAUAGCCAACGAUCCAGAGAGACGCAUAAGAUAGCGGUGAUUUACGUCAGCCAAGGCCAGGAAGACAAGAACUCCAUACUAAGCAAUGUCACUGCCAGUAAGGAGUAUGAAAGCUUCAUCGCCAGGCUCGCCUGGGAAGUCGAACUGGAGUCGCACACAGGUUUUCUCGGCGGCCUGGUACCUGGGAAAGCGUCCGGCGUCACUGCGCCGUACUAUGCUACGUCUUUCACUGAAGUUCUUUUCCACGUUGCUACGAGGAUGCCGUCGGACAGCCCUGAGAGUUUGUUGCAAAAGACGCGGCACCUUGGCAAUGACGAAAUUCACAUAGUCUGGUCGGAGCACUGGCGUGAUUAUCGCAGAGACAUCAUACCCACGGAAUUCUGCGAUGUUCUGAUAGUUAUUUAUCCAUUGCAAAACAAGUUAUACCGAAUACAGAUCUCGCGGAAAUCGGAGAUUCCAUUUUUCGGACCUUUGUUCGACGAGUGUAUCGUGGAGGAUAAAGUGUUGCCAGGUUUAGUAAGGACGACUGCAUUAACCGCGAGUAGAGCAAAGAGGUCUACGCUUACAUUGUACCAACAUUAUUAUGAGGAGAGAGCGCGAUCCAUCGACACUGUUAUGAGAAAUCACAAGGAAGCUACAACGUUCGAGGAAUUUACAGCCAAUGUUUAUUCACCGGUGCAACCGCCAAGCCCGUUCAGUGGAGCAUCGUCUGUUUCUGGAUCUACAACAAGCGUGCAAUCCACAGCAUCGUCAAAUCUUGCGGCGGCGCUUAUAGAUUCGCACCAGGGACGCUCCGGUCUGCGCAGCACUUCGGCAGCGAGCAGUGACAAUCGUGCGAAUAGAGUCUUGCAAAAUAUAUUCAAAGUUUCUGACGGCAGCAGAGUGUGGUUUAGCAAUGACACUCCCGAGAGUACUACACUUCACGGAAUCUCACCAAGACCUGUGAAAAAGAUGUCCUUUAAAACCGGACCAAAGCAGAGAGCUAAUACGCAAGCUACUCCUCCAGAUAGCCCAAGAUACAAGUAAAAGGUUUUUUUUAUCCGUAUCGGAUAAAUGUUCUGCACAACUAAUCGUUGAGGAUUUAUCGAGCGUUGUACUUUAAACAAACUCUCUUAGUAAAAGAAUAAUGAUAGAGAACUGCACACUGUCAGUACUUCGCGCAUAGCGUGAAGAAGAUAUCAGCAAUGCCUGGCAACUUAAUACUUUUUGCCAAUCGAUAUAUAAUAUUUUAUUCACAGUGGGAAUUGAAAAUAUCUUUCUCUCUGCAUUAUAUAGUCUUAACGUUUUCUGUUUUCCGUCCUUAGGUUUAAUUUUUAUAUUAAAUGUAUAUACAGAUCGUUGUUUAUUUGUUGCAACGUGAAUAUUAAUUUAUUAGAAGAUAAAUAUAAAUAUGAUACACUGAAUCAAGAUGAAUCUAAAGGAUAUAUAAUUAGAUAUAUAUUCUCAUAUAGACUCAGUGUCAAGAGACAGCUAUUCACAUUGUAUAGCACUUUCUUAAGAUUAUAAUUUACAUAGUACUUCAUUAGCUAUAAAGACAUAAUAAUUCUGAACUAAAAGUUUCUAUCUAAAUCAUAUUAAAAGUAGCAUAGAGAAAUACUAACAUUGUCAGAAUGCUCUGCAGUACUGCUAUAUGGCCUUGUAACUGUCUUAUUUGUCACAGUAUAUAAACAUAGAAUAACUAUUUUACUAUUAAUUAGCUGGAACAUAAAAACGGAAGAACUUAUGAUAAAAUCGUUAUUUGCGAUAAAACUUUAACUUACACGUUAACAUUACGUUCCAGAUAUGGGACUAAUAUAAAUCUGAUAAUUGCAUUAAGUUUGAUUUAAAGGAAAACAGUAAUAAUUUAAAUGAUGCGAUAAACAGUCAUUUUCAAAAAAAGGAAACACUUAAGUUUUACAUUCCAUGCGCGUAUAUCACAUUUUGUUUUUACUCUACAUUUAAUUUUUACUAUUAAUGUAUUUUCAAGCCAUUCCAUUCGAGUUUUGUAUUCGAUGGACGCGUCUACUUUUUAUACAUUUUACAAUAAUCAACAUUAAUGAGGUUUCUUUCAUUUUAUCUGAGAUAAUGUGGAGAGAUCGCGAACGUAAUCGCCGAAUCGUUUAGUUUCUAUACCGAAGUCAAAGGUGCUUAAUGUUUUAUAACACGAAAAUUAACCUCCCGAAUUAGAUAUUUCGAACGAUAAUAUAAAACCGAAUAAUUAUUACGAUUUAGUAAAGACCGAGAUGGAAAAAAAGUAAAUUUGAAAGUAAUUUAUUCUACUCCUUUUGAAUAAGCAACGGCUAUUUGCUUUGAAUGAAAUCAUCCUCAUGCAGUGAUAAUAAUCAAAGUAUUAAUGUUAUCUAUUAUCAUUAACGAACGGCAGACUAUGAUACAUUAUAUCAUGUAACGAUAUUGCGGUAUCCGAGAUGAGAUUUUUCUAGAGGUAUACACUUCGCGAUGAUAAACUCUGUGUGUGUGUAUAAUUAGAGUUUUUUGACCAUUUUGAAGACUACCAUGAAACACAUUCAAAAGUGUAGGUAUUAGCAACGAAGAUGUAGAUGUUAAUAAUAAUUAUUGAUGCGCAGAUCAUGGCCAAAGCAGCAUUAUUUUUUCACUAAUUUAUAAUGAGAUAGAACAGGGAAGCUGUAUGUAUUGUAUAUAAAUUGUUAAGCAUAUGAGAUGGUUCCGUGAAGUCAUUUAAGGUUAUUCCAAAUGUAUGUCACGUUAUAUAGCUACAUUAUUAAUAUGAUAUAUUAAUUGAGAUCAUACAUAUAUUAUAUUUAUAUACACGCUAUAUAUAUAUACAUAUAAAAUUCAUUUAUUGUCAUCAUACGCGAAACUGCUUUUCUGAUUGUAUUUAAAUGUUGUACUUAAUUAAAUACUAUCAUUGCUAUUGCUAUUGUGCUAUAUAAUUUCUUAAAGUUAACGACUCGUUAUUAAUGUUAACAUAUUGUCGAAGCAUCUUUUAUUACUUCUUGUUUACUUCUUGGCAGAACGAAAGAUUAGUGAAUGCAUAAGAAUAGCAACAGACUAUAAAAGCCAAGAAAGGCACUGGAAUAAUUCUUUCGUUUCAGUUUUUUAGAAAAGGGAAGUAUUCAUUAUAUAUAUGUAUAUAUAUAUAAAAGAAAAGCCUAAAAGCAGAAUACUCGAAUCCUUUAAUUUUGCAGAGUUUUUCAUUUAAGAAUAAACUUGUACUAUGUAUGUCUAUAUAUAAAGAUAUCACAAAUGUUUACAUAUAUUGAUAUUUAUGCAAACUAACAUGAUCUUAUAGCAUUUCUCCAUUUGCAAA